UAAAAUGAGCUGCUUAUUGUUCUCUCUCUCUUUAUCCAACUCCAAAACAAAACCAAACCAAGUUCUUGAAAAAUAUUUAGAAUAGCAAAAUAAUUGAAUGGAGUGCAGUAGUAGUUGCAGUCAUUUCCGAAGCUCUUAUUCUUCUUCUUAUGCUUCUUCUCCUUUAUUAUGUCCUUCUACUCACUCUCUGUUCCCUUCCAACCUUAGAUUUUCGCACAAAUUAAAGGUACGGUAUCGUUUGUUGAUAAGAAACGCUUGUGGGUUUGAUGCUAAUGGCUCUGGUAAUGGGUUCCCAAUCACACCCAACAAGCUUUUCAUGCAAGAGACAAUUGGAGCUGAAUAUGGAGAAGGUUUCGAAACUUUUAGACAAGAUGGGCCUUUGAAAAUUGAUGUGGAUUUUUUGAAUGAUAGAUUGCAAGAAGGUUUUCUUCAUAGGAUACGCUAUGCUAUGAAACCAGAUGAAGCCUAUGGUCUUAUCUUCUCAUGGGACAAUGUUGUGGCAGAUGCCCGUGCUAUGAAGUUGAAUGUGUGGAAGCAGCUUGCAUCUGAAGAGGGAAAGGAAAUUCCUGAAGAUGGACAUGCACACAAGCUGAUGCUAUAUGCAGGUGCUGAUCAUGUACUGCACAAGGUGUUGCGCUGGGAGACAACAGAAAGUGAAUUGGAUCGAUUGAAGUUGAGGUUGUCACAUCUAUAUUAUGAUCAUCUACUUAGACUAAGAGAACCGACUGAGGGUCUAAAAGAGUGGCUGGAUGCUGUAGCUAGAGCUCGCAUUCCUUGUGCUGUUGUUUCAAGUCUAGAUCGGGUAAACAUGGUAGGGGUUCUGGAGCGGAUGGGGCUCAAGAAAUACUUUCAGGCAAUUGUAGCUGAGGAAGAUGGCAUGGAGUCCAUGGCUCAUAGAUUUCUGUCAGCUGCUCUAAAGCUAGAUCGGAAACCAUCCAAAUGUGUGGUGUUUGAGGAUGACCCCAGAGGCAUAACUGCUGCACACAACUGUACUAUGAUGGCCGUGGCACUAAUUGGUGCACAUCCUGCGUAUGAACUGGUGCAGGCUGAUCUCGCAGUUGCUAGCUUCAAUGAACUUUCAGUGAUCAAUCUCCGGAGAUUAUUUGCUAAUAAGGGUUCCAGCUUUAUGGACAAGGAGAAGCAGAUUAUAGAGAAAUCUCCUUCAAAAAGAAAGCUAACAAUUGACACCAUCUUCUGAUCUGUUCGCACCUUGCCCUUCUGGUGCUUACCUUCUCCUCACUGUACUUAAACAUCAUACCAUGUUUUGAUCUUCUUUUCGACCUUUUCUACUCAGCUAUUAGAUUCUCUUGGGUUGUUUUACAUUCUUUAUACAAUAAUUAGCAGUUGGCUGGCAGUCCUUAUAUCAAGUGAUCGUCAUCCAAUGACGCGCCGUAUUCAAAUAUGUUGAAUUGGUAAACCGUGUAAUCAGGUUGAGAACUGUAAUUUUGUCGCGGAAAAGAGUUCAUUCUUUCAUUCAAAUGUUGAGAAAGAGAAAGAUGUGAAGCUGCAAUGGUUUAAGUUUCA